AUGAAUUUAGAUAGUAUUGAAUUGUCAGAUAGGACUAAAAAAAUCUUGGUAGAAAUUGGAUAUAGUCAAUUGACUAGUAUCCAGGAAAAAGUUAUACCUUUGGUAUUAAGUGGGAGAGAUGUUAUUGGUCAAUCACACACCGGAACGGGAAAAACAGCGAGUUUCCUUAUUCCUACUUUGGAAAAGUUGAAAAGAGAUUUUUCCCCGCAAGUGCUUAUUUUGGUUCCCACCCGAGAAUUAGCUUUACAAGUCAGCGAAGAAGCCAAAAAAUUAGCGGCG